UUCCGGGAAAACAAUAACAUGAUUUUUGUCCAACAAAAUGCACAAGCAAAAGCAAGCUGUUAAUAGCAUAAAGCCACCGAAGUUACAGAUUUUUUCUCUUGAUAUGUAAAUGAAGAUUACAACUUUAUUCAUUUAUAGAGAAAACAACGACUGUCACCUUAUAUAGUUUAUGCUUGAUUUAUGAUGAAUCGUGAGCAUUGUAGACGACUACAUGUCGACCCAGAUACCAAUAUUGGUGAUUUAUCAAGUAGAUUUAUGCUCAAAUUACGUGAUGAUCUAGAUUCUAACCCAGAAACAUGUAACUGGAGAGCAUUGUUAGAUAAGGCAGCUGAUAAUCCAAAUUAUAGAUUUAGUAGUGCAGAUGUAGAGAGAAAGUUUGGAAGCCAAGUUUAUAAUGGUAGUCCUAGUAAUAAGAUGUUAUGGGAACUUGGAUCCAUGGGAAUGACUGCUGCUGAGCUGGUUGACUGUCUAGAUAAGUUAAAAUUGGAAAGUAUUCUUAUGGAUAUAAAGAAAUAUGAGCCAAUUGUAAUUAUUAAUCAACCAGCUGAAAGAAAAACUGUAAAUAAAGGAGAAGUUUUAGAACUAGAAGUCAAAGCUAUAGGUUUCCCUUAUCCUCGUUACCAGUGGUUCAAAGAGAAUCAAAAAGACUGGGAUAUCUUAGAUAAAGAAAAAAGCAGCAUACUCAGAAUUAGAAAUGUCAGUAUGUCAGAUGCAGGUGUGUAUUGUUGUCGACUACACAAUGGGGAUAUUAACUCACAAGUAGAGUUUACAGAUCAGUCUACAGUUGUGGUAGAGAUGAGUAAGGACCCUGGGGCAUAUAAAGAUACCUUUGACGAUAGACCAUCUAGAUAUGAUUUGAUUCCAUCAUUUGAAGUACAACCUAAGAAUGUCACUGUACAGAUUUGUGAUGGUUUUAUUCUAGAAUGUAGAGUUCUUAGUAAAUAUCCUGUUAUCUAUGAUUGGUAUAAAAACCAUGAGAUAAUUAAAAGAUCUGAUCAGCCAUUUUAUGAGGUGAAAGCUGCAUAUAAAGCAGACAUGGGAACAUAUGAAUGCCGAGCCAGAAACCAGUUAGGGGAAACAAUGAGUGAUGUAGUAAAAGUUACAGUUAUGUUGGGUAAAACUGAAGAGCCAUUGGUCGACCCUGUAGGACCAACAGAGAUAGAGAUUAUAUCCAAUCCUAAAACAGUGAUUAUAGAGUUUGGUGGGGAUUGUUUAUUUAGUUGUGAAGCCAGAUGUAGCAUACCUCUAGUAUACCAGUGGUUAAAAGAUGGUGUUCCUAUUGAGGGUGAAAUAAAACCUUCUUUAGUAUUGAAGAAAAUACAGAAUUAUGACCACCAGGGGUUGUACACAUGCAUGGUUUCAAUACCAGGAACAAAAAAUAUCAGAUUGUCAUACCCUGCCAGUCUAUCUAUAAAGACCAAUGAUAAACCAGAGUUCAAUCCUAGCGACAAAGUUGCUCUACUUAUUGGAAACUUUGACUAUAGAUGUGAGUCACCAUUAAGUGCUCCAAAGUCUGAUGUUUACACCAUGGCUGAAAUAUUCAGAAGUUUAGACUUCAAAGUUGUUUCUUUGCUUAAUUUAACAAAAUUGGAAAUGCAGUCUGCCGUUGAGGAAUUUGUCAAAUUGAUAGGUAGUGAGGUAUAUGCUGUAUUUUAUUUUUGUGGACAUGGUUUUGAGGAGGAAGCUAAAUGUUACCUUGUUCCCCCUGAUGCUAGACAUGGAUAUACAAUAGAAGACUGUGUGUGUGCUGAGGAUGUGUUAAGUCAGAUGCAGAAUUACACAGAAACAUCACCAGCUCUGAUUGUACUCAUACUGGACAUCUGUAGAAUCAGGAAUUUGCAACCACCUACAAAUCGAGAGCAGGAUGCAAUGUGUUCUAAUCUAAGCAACGUUCCAAUGAAAGGCAACACAGUAUUUUGCUAUGCCACGAGCAAAGGAAUGUAUGCCUAUGAAGAUAUUCAUAAUGGAAUAUUAGUUAAAUAUUUGAAGAAAUAUCUUCCAAAACAGAUGAGUGUUUUAGAUGUUUUCACAAGUGUACAAGAAGAAAUUGGAAAGGAAUCUCAAUACUACCACAUUCAGAUACCAGAAAUAAAGUCUAACUUAUUACAACCUAGACGAUCUCUUGCAGAUAGGAUAUCUACAAAAGGCCAUACUAAAGCUUACAAUCAGAGAACAUUGCUGUGGAACAAUGCUCAUGAAAAGCCACCAUCAAAAGAGAUAGAAAUUCCAGCAAUAAAUGGGAAAGUUUUGUUAGAGUUUCAAACAGAAUUUUCUAAUAUGCUGACAAUAUUCUGUACAGUUAUGCCGAUGACAAUGGGGAAGUCCCUAAAGUAUCAUUUAGGAUGUAUUGCUCAUUUACCCAAGACAAUAUCAAUAUUUGGGAGUGUAAGUCAGGUUCAUGAUGACCCACCUAAGACAAAGAUUGUUUUACAAGACUUGCAGAAAUUAACAAAAGAUUUAGAAGUUCAAGUAUUUGUUGUGAAUACAGAGACAAAACAGAGAUAUGAAGGUCCAAAAGUCAACUUAGGCAAACCUUUAGUUGGAAUUUUAGAUUUGUGGAAACCAAGACGACAACCAAUCGAAUGUAGUGAAUCAAUGUGAAUAGUAUCAGUAUUGAAACAUCAACAACCAACAAUAUUAGGAAUGAAUCAAUUUGACUUCCUGCAUUUAUUAUUAUGACUAACCAGAUAAUAUGUUGUAUGAGAUAGCUGUAAGAUAUGUUACCAACUUGUAUUAGAUAUUAUGUUUGUAAUACUCUGAUAAAAAGGGUAAAUACUGGUUAAAAUCUGACAUUAGAAUUGCAUGUAUUAACCAAUGUUGAUGAAAAGCUAUCACAUUCCAACUUUGACAUUCCUAUUUUUCCUAAAUUUUUCAAAAGUGAGUUAGAAUGAGUCAAUUUUUGUUCUAAACAUAGAGAUCUGUCCAUAUUUCCUACCAUGCCACCUUUAUAUUCAUGUUAACAGUAGUUGCAUAGGUUUUUGUACUUCUUUAACAUUCCUGGGAACUAACUACACAGAUUUUAAUUUUGAUGGUAUUAUUUGGGGAUAGGAUAUUGGAAAGAUCUUUUUUAAAAUGCCCUUUUAUAUAUUUUUUUAUGUUAGAAAACUAACUUUUUUUUUAUGACAGUGCUUUGUUUUCUGCAAUGGGUCACAAACCAUUGAGUCAAUGUAUAUAUCCCUUUAUUUUUAAUGAUGAAUAUUCUGUGAAGCACCAUGCCUCAUUUCACUCUUUUACAACCAACAAUAUGUCAGCUCAUUAUAUCACUACAUGGAUAUACUAUCUAUUAAAGUAUCUAUGAUUGUUCAAUAUCAGUCACAUAUAUUUUAUAUUAAACUGAAAUUUUAAAAGAUUUCUUGUUAAGGUCAUUGCAAAGUACUUCAUUUUCAUCCAGCGGCCAGUUGUAUGUUUGAUAUUUUUUGCUCUAAAGUAUUUGAAUUUUUAUGACACUUUAUUAAAUUUUUAAUUCCCUCUAUUAAAUGAUUACAUGUACAUGUUCAUUUUCAACAUGAUCCUGUUAAACAGAACAAAGUGAAAUGUAUAAACACACCUCAUUUAAAUGUGUAUGUUGUAAGCUUAACUAUAUUUAAUUGUUAUUGUUUUGUACUAGUAUAUUGUUUGUUGAUAGAUUUUCUGUUUUGUUGGAAGGAUCUAAUAGUAUCUAAAAUAUAGUAUUUUCUAAUGUGU